UGUUGUAAAGUUAUAAAGCCAAGCGCUAUUGCCGGUGGAUCGUCAGUGUUACGACAGAGUGUACAGACGUCGCGGUCGAAAUAAAAAUAAUUUUUUCGUUUUGAAAAUAUGACGCAUCACGGUCACCAACCGCCCGUGGUCAUAAUGACCGGCACGAAUGUUGGUCCUGAACCUAUGACCAUGACUUGCCCUUACUGCAACGCCACCAUUACCACGAGAAUGGAGACCGAACCGACAACCAAGACUCACUUGCUGUGCCUUCUAAUGUGUCUGUUUUGCUGCUGGCCUUGUGCGCCGUGCGUUUACUGUAUCGAUAGCUGCCAAGCAAAAAAGCACACUUGCCCGAACUGUAAUCAUUUUCUUGGUGUCUACAAUAACUAAUUUGUCAACGUCGUGCACUUUUACUUUUUUUUUCUUUUGUACAUACUUGACUUUGUAACUGCGAUAACGAAGACUUAUUGUCACGAUUCGAAAUGGUGAGCUUGAUUUUUUUAUUUCUGUAAAUCGUCGUGUUUUUUGUAGAUGAGCGUUUUGAAAAGCUAGGAUUUAUUUGAUAAUAAACGUCAUCUAU